CAGUGACAUGGAAUAGGGAGAUGAUAAGUUUCUGGUCUUCUCAUUUGUUUUAGCACUCAUUUAAGAAUAACUCCAGACAUAAGCUAAGCUUUUAACCAGAGGUUACGAGUAUUUCUCUUUCUAACAUGCAGGAUUUAAAAAAACAAUCAAAUUAUUACUGUACAUGAUUAACGUUUACCGCAUCUACACGCAAUGUGCAAGUGAUAAAACUAAUAACUUUACAUGACUGCAUGAUUGUGUACUGUGAUUUAUCCUCCAUAGGAUUGCUUGUCACAAAUAUAUAACAAACUGCUGUUAAAUUUUUUUGACUAACCUUAAGAUUAGAUCAAAAUAUGUGAGGCAGCUAGAGCUCAGCUAGCAUAGGGGCAGUAUGCCUAUCACUAAAAUCCCGAUAGUCCACAAGUUUGGGAUUAUUUCCCAUACACAGAGACUUGAGUUACAGGAGCGACUACUGAAACAGUCCUACAUACAGACACUGAAAAGCCAGAAAGUUCUUGUACCAACGAGAAAUCCAUUAGAGGUAUCUGAAGAUUUUGUGCAGGAGUACAACAAUGCUAAAGACUUUGAUGAGAAAGAAAAGUUGGAGCAGUCUGCUCAAAAGAUGCUAGAAAGAUCAAAGAGGAGAGCAGGUUUAAAGGAUGGGGGAGUGGGAAAACAUGUAAAUCUUCCAAUGGCAUGGACAGAACUGGCUCAGCUGGCACAGUGUAGGGGCAAGAUACAAGAAGAGUGUUUGGAUGUAUUGAUAAUCUCCCUUGAUCAGUCUCCACUAGAGAAGUACCAUAUCCCUGCUCUGUUUUUCCUUGCCGAGACGAUGCUGUACUGGUUACGGACAGAUGCUGUACACCAACCAUAUCUCAGAACUGGUGAAAUUAAACUAUUGAAGAUGGGUCAGUUGGUAUUUUCACGGUUAUUCUAUCAUCACAUGGCUGGACAACUAUCAGGACAGAAGGAGUUUAAAAACAGACUUUUUACAUAUCUUGAUGGGCUACAGGAAUGCCAGGAAGCAUACAGCCCCUAUCCAAAUGCCCUUCUGUCCCUGAGGUUUAUCAUAACUGUUGGUAAAAUCAUCAUGUCAGAUACACAACUUGAACCUGGAGAUAUCAAGGAGGGUGAUAACAUCAGGAAAUCUGCUCUCAGUAGACCUAGUGCUAGAAGUACAGAUACUGGCAAAAGAACCAUCCAUUCCAAAGACAUGACAACUCACACCGCUCACAGUGUGGCAAUCAGCAGCAGUGUUCAUGACCUCAGCCCCACUCUAUGGCACGCCCUGGAUGUGUGGCGAUGUACUAACCAUCUCAGUGGGGGUCUCACUGAGGCCCUGAAAGCCCUCAGUCACUGUGGUAUGGGGCUUGUAAAUGAAAGCUGGGUAGACAGUAUGAUAGCUCUACAGAUUCUGGCUGAGGCCUCCAAGUCCAGCCUCAUGGCCAUGAGGGCCCUUCAUAAUCUUGCACGAGGGUACAGACCAGGGGAUAAGGUGAAAUCACCACCUACAUCCAGCAGGUCUGAAAGUUCAGAACAAAAACUGAAGCAGAGCUCAUCGGCAAGUCCUACAACUAAGAAAAUCUUAAGAUUCGAGAGUUACAGUUAUUCAAGUGAUGAGUCAACCCCCAAGGAUAGGGAAUCUCGUGCCAGUGUAGCAAGCUCUAAACCAACUUUGAGUGAUAUCUACGAGAGAAGUGAGGAAGGUGACUCAGAGAAAAAUAAAACUGCUUCUGCAACAGAAUCAUCGAAGUCUAAACCAAAGAGUGCUGAUGUUGAUCCAUCCCUGAGGGAUACAGACCCAAGUGAGGCUUCUCCUCCAUAUAUGCAAUCGCCAGUGAAGAAAGAUGAUGAAAAUAUAAU